CUUAAACAGCGAAUCUGAGAUUUGUCAACCUCUCCCUUCGUCCCGCAGCCAUCUUUCUCCUCAGAUUGCACGGACACACCCACGCGCACGGGACGCUGUGACGUUACAUUGGAGGGUGGAGGCCAAGGCGAGAGUUACCCUAUUCCUCUCUCUAGAGUUUUUAGAAAUCACACAGAUUGCUGAGCCAGGAGGAAACUGCUUACCUGGUUCCUCUGGAGAAAUGUUGUCAUGGCAAUGAGCAUCAUGUACCUGUGUUAUAUGGGCUUUUGGCACGGCAGCGCAUGAACAAGAAUGCUGAUGAGGAAGAGAAUAAGGGAGAAGAAUCAAAUAAGAAGAAAGAGGAGACUCCAAAAAUAAACUGGAAGGAAUGGAUAAUUGAUCCAUCUGAAGAGUUUUACUACACAUGGUUGCAAAUUAUGAUACUCCCUAUCUGCUACAACUGGGUCAUCAUAAUAUGCAGGACAUGUUUCUAUGCAAUUGAAGAGACAUAUUUGGCAGCAUGGCUCACCUUGGAUUAUAUCUGUGACUUGAUCUUUGUGCUUGACACAGUUAUUGGGUUUCGCACAGGUUUUCUUGAGCAGGGUAUCAUGGUGCGAGACUUGUCCCGUUUGAAAACGCGUUACAUACGCUCCUCUCGAUUCACAUGGGACAUUGCCUCUCUGUUGCCCACUGAUCUGCUCUAUCUGAAACUGGGGAUACACACACCUCUAGUCCGGGUCAACCGCUUCCUGCGCACGGGCCGUUUGAACGAGGCCUUGGACCGCAUGGAAACGCGAACAUCCUAUCCGAACACCUUCCGCGUUGCCAAACUCAUGCUGUAUAUCUUCGUGCUCAUCCACUGGAAUGCCUGCAUCUACUUCUCCCUGUCUAAUUACAUAGGCUUUGGUGCGGAUCCCUGGGUCUAUCCUAACAUCUCCGACCCGGACUUUGCUUCCACGAGACGCCAGUACUUCUACUGCUUCUGGUUUUCCACUCUCAUCCUCACCACAGUGGGUGACACACCGACACCCGAACGUGAAGAAGAAUAUCUCUUCCUGAUCGCAGACAUGUUGAUCGCCGUGCUGGUGUUUGCAUCUGUUGUGGGGAGCAUGGGGGACGUGAUAUCAAGCUUACGUGAUCGUGACAAUGUGUUUUUUCCCAAUCACGAGCUGGUGAAGGGUUAUCUGCGCAGCCGGCGCAUCAGCAAAGAACUGCAGAAACGCGUCAACGACUGGUACCAGCAUCUGCACAUCAACAAAAAGAUCACACGGGAAAACGAGAUUCUUCAACAUCUUCCAAUCACACUUCAGACAGCAACCGCCGUGAGCGUGCAUCUGCCCACUCUGUCUAAAGUCACCAUCUUUCAGAACUGUGAGAAAAGUCUGUUGGAGCAGCUGGUACUUAAACUCACCCCACAGGUGUAUAGCCCGGGAGAGUACGUAUGCAAGAAGGGUGAUGUAGGUCAUGAGAUGUACAUCAUUAAAGAGGGGAAGCUGGCAGUGGUUGCAGAUGAUGGAGUCACUCAGUUUGCUGUUCUGGGGGAUGGAAACUUCUUUGGAGAAAUCAGUAUCCUGAAUAUCAAAGGUAACAAAUCAGGAAACAGACGAACAGCCAACAUUCGCAGCAUUGGUUACUCGGAUCUGUUCAGCCUAUCGAAAGAGGACCUUACUGAAACACUUCUUGAGUACCCUGCUGCCAAGCGCCUGUUGGAGGAGAAGGGUCGUCAGAUCCUGACAAAGAUGGGGAUGCUGGAAGAGACAGAUGAAGGGGAGGGAGCGGUGGAGAAAACAGAGGACAAGGUUAACCGUUUAGAGGCCUGCCUAGAGACGCUGCAGACCAAACUGGCUCGGCUGAUCGCUGAACUGGAGUCUAGUGCCCGCAAAAUGAUGCAAAGAGUGGAACAAUUGGAACUGCAGACAGAAGGAUGGGAAGGCAUCGUGGCCGAGGGUGCACAGGGAGAAAUAGAAGAGCAGGAAAAGGUAAAAGAGAGGGAGGUUGGGGAUGGGAAAGGAGAAGGAGAGAAGGAAGAUGAAGAGGAGCCAGUGGUUGAAGGAGAGAGAGGAGAGGGUGAUGGAGGAGAGGAGAGCCUGGGAGAAAAGAAGAAUGUAAAAGAAAAUGAAAUAAGUGAAAAGGAGAAAGAAGAGACAGAGGAAGAGCUAAUAAAAACAGAAACACAUCAGGAUCAGAAAAGAGAUGAAAAGUAGGUAGAAAAUAUAUGUAAAAUAUACACUACCAUUCAAAAGUUUGGGGUCAGUAAGAUUUAAAAAAAAUAUUCAGUAAGGAUGCUUAAAAAGUGACAAUAAAGACUUUUAUAAUGUUACUUUUUUUUACUUCAAAUAAAUGCUGUUCUUUCAUCAAA